AUGGAGUACCUAAUCGUGUUCCAGCUGCUGUGUGGCAUGACCUUCCUCGCUGGGGUCCCGUUGAAUGUCUACGUCCUCUUCGUCGCUGGCUACCGUUUGAAGAGAACGGUCAGUGCCGUGUGGUUCUGGAACCGGGCCAUGGCAGAUUUCAUCUUUAUCAUCUUCCUGCCCCUCAGAUUCAUCUUCGUCUUCAACCCGUCCUUUGACUUCAUCAUGAGGCUGAGCAGCAUCGUCACCUCCCUCCACAUGUUCUCCAGUGCCUUCCUCCUCACGGGCCUCAGUGUCGAUCGCUGCAUCCUCGUGGCAUGCCCUGAGUGGGCCCGGAACCACCGCACGCUCCCCCUGGCUUACGGGGUGGUUAUGGGCUUGUGGGCCCUGUCUCUUGGGUUCAGCUUGAGGUACGGUGAUAUCUCGGACUACCUGGUCGCAUUACCCAGUAUCAGAAGGUAUUUCGAACUGGAUAAAGGGAGAGUGAAGGCCACCGUUGCAAUGCAGUUCCUGGUCGGGUUUCUGAUCCCAUUCGCCUUGAUCUUGAUCUCAACCUUCUACAUCGUUCUAGCUGCCAAGCUGAGAAGGAAGAGGCUGAUCCAGUCCACCAAGCCACUCAAGAUCCUUAUUGGCUUAAUCCCGACCUUUUUCCUCUGCUGGCUGCCGUAUUACGUCUUCUUCUUCCUGCAGAUCUUCGAUAUGUACCCUCUGCCUUAUCUGCAAAUAGGAAACACUUUUUCUUGUGUCCCGACAUAUUUCAGCAGCUGCCUCAACCCCAUCUUCUACCUCACCAUGGAGAAAGAGUUUCUGAAGUACCGGCAACAUGCACGCAACCCCCAAACCACCGACAACUCAGGGCUGGAGCUGGAUGAAUAG